AUGCCCGGGACAAAGCUCUCCCUUGAUCCCAGCUGUGUCCAAAUCGAACUGAUGAAAACGCCACCUUCUGAAUCUAAAGGGUACCACAUCUGGAAGAUGGUGGUGGAGAAAUAUUCAGGGUGCGAUCUGACUAGAGAAGAUGAAGAUAAGUUCGUGGCCAUCUCAGGUCUGGCGAAGAAUCUGGGGCCCCCUGAAGACUAUUUGGCCGGACUCUGGAAAUAUGACCUUCCGUAUCAAUUAUUAUGGAAGGUCAGUUCAACGGUGUCGAAAAGAAACAACUCUGGGACGCCUAUCUGGUCGUGGGCGUCCAUGAGCGGGUCCAUAUCGUACCACGUCCGGUGGGCCGUGAACAAAACCGACGAGGAAAUCCUCAUCAGCGUGGUCGAUGCGGCGACGGUCUUGAAGACUGCGGACCUAACCGGCUCUGUUCGUCGAGGGUUUGUCGAGAUCCACGGCCCGUUGGUCAAGGUAGAAAUCAAAGCGAAUCCCCCCGACCAGCGACCUCCGAGCCAUCUGAUCAAUGGUAGCCACUGGGUCGUUACGUGGGAUGUUGGACAAUGGAACCGGUUCGAUUGGACCCAUGGCCACCCCUCCGAGGUCGCGGACGUUUUCUGGGCCAUGCCGAUUGAGAUCAAGCAGGCCCAACAUUGUCUGAUCAGUGGGCUGGUGCUGGAGGCGAUCCCUGGAAAGCCCGCCCUGCGGCGUGCGGGCUUCUUUUCCAUUGCCAACACCCCAAACCCGCGAGGCCUUUAUGUUUUCUUGCCCAUGCUUUGCCACGCCGACUACAUGCCUGACGAAAAACUCUUUGCGGCGGGAUUCUGUGACGAACGGAAGCAGGCGCCUGCAAUCAAGCGAUACCGGUUCUUAACGAUCAUGAGAGCCUUACAGGAGAAGGGUCAGGUUCUUGUCUCCAUGAAGACUCCCUACCUGGACGAAUCUGGAUGGGGCAACUUGCUUACGGUGCUGCGGGAAAAAGACCUCGCGCACUUCAAGGAUCAACGAGUUUCCAACCUUCUUUCUCCAAACCUAGUCAACUAUUACGAUAGAAGGCUCAAGGCAGAAUACCAUCAGCAUUGUCAACACGCGGCUGUUGCCGUGGGCCUCGUUUAUGUCCAGGCGAAAACGGCCGAUGGUGGUGCCAAAUGA